UGCAGGGCAGCGCCGGUGCAGUGCAGAGGAUGGUGAAGUUUAAGAGCCCACCAGGACAAAAAGGAUGCAGAGGAGAUGGAGAUCAGGAGGAAAACGGAGUCUUUGAUCAGCAGGAUUACAUCCAGUCUUUAGGAACGGAUAAUGCUGAAGACGAUGAGGAUGGUUUGUCCAGACUGGCGGGUUCCUCCAUUUUCACCUUCCAGAAGGUCAAGCGUGGCAACAGCAUGGCCAACACAGCGAGCGAGCUUGCUCGGACCCCUGGGAAAACUGUAAGCUUCCAAGCGGCCGAACCCUGCACCCCCAAACGAACAGGCCGGCAGAAGAAAACUGAAAGCAGGACCCCACAGAAGCAGAGCAAGAAGGUCCAGUUUGUCUCCACAACACCGCAUAGGCUCAGGAAGAGGCUAACAGCGCCAAGCCUUCGGUCGGACAGCGACAGUGAGCUCUCACCCUCUGACUCUGAGGAAGAGGAGGAGGAAGAGGAUGGGCUAAAGGAAAAGCAGAAGGUGAAUAAAGAGGACAAGGAGAACCAGAAAACCCCCAGCAAAGGUUUAUCCGCAGCCCUCUACAAAACCCCAGCAAAGAAGAGCAAGAACGCUCCAGAACCGGCUAACCAGCCCACCAUGAUCGAGGAAUAUUUCGAGGCUCACGGCAGCUCCAAAGUGCUGACGUCUGACCGGACCCUGGAGCGGCUGCACACCCCGAAACUAGACAGGGAGACGUUGGCCCGUCUUUUAGAAGGGAAGCCAUCUUGUUACUCAAAGGAGAUCCAGGAGCUGCACAACAAACACAGGAAGCACUUUACCAAAUGGAUGUUACAGUUACAGUUGGGAUUCAGCGUGCUGGUUUACGGUUUGGGCAGCAAGAAGGCUCUGUUAGAAGACUUCCGAGUGUCUUAUCUGUCUGAUGAGGUCCACCUCGUCAUCAACGGAUUUUUCCCCUCCAUCACCCUCAAAUCGAUAUUAAAUGCUCUGACCUGUGAGGUUCUGGAGCACCAGGGAACUUUCCGAACCCCCUCCGAUCAGAUCCAGUUCAUCGCUCAGACCCUCAAAGACAGCCCAGAUCUCCAUGUGUACCUGCUGAUCUAUAACAUAGAUGGACCAAUGCUGCGAGGGGAGAAGACCCAGAGUGCUCUGGGGCAGCUGGCAUCCCUGCCCAACCUGCACCUGGUGGCCUCUAUAGACCACAUCAACGCUCCAUUAGUGUGGGACCAGUUUAAGCAGAGCCAGUUUAACUGGCUGUGGUGGGAGUGUGUGACGUUCCAACCCUACACCGAGGAGACGUCUUAUGAAAACUCGCUGCUGGUGCAGCAGACGGGCGCUCUGGCUCUGUCCUCCCUCACACACGUGCUGCGCAGCCUGACGCCCAAUGCCAGGGGGAUCUUCAAACUGUUGGUUAAAUUCCAGCUGGAGAACAAAGACAACCCCUCGUACUCAGGCCUGUCCUUCCAAGACUUCUACCAGCGCUGUCGAGAGGCGUUCCUGGUGAACUCCGAUCUCACGUUGAGGACUCAGCUGACAGAGUUCAGAGACCACAAACUGAUCCGGACACGAAAGGGGGCAGAUGGAGUAGAGUACCUGAUUGUUGCCGUGGAAACGGGAACGUUAAUGGAUUUCCUGGAGAAUGAGGAUGAUGACUGAAAGGGUGAUGAUCUUUAACCCACUCCUGGUGAAAGUGUGAAGGUCUGCAGCCUGUUCUGUGUGGCUGUGUGCACAACCUGGAGCUCCUCUUCAUCCAGGUCCCUCAACAGAAGCAGAACCGCAUCGAGGACAUGGGUCUGAAAGGAAAACAUAAACUGGCAUAAAUCUUUCGGUUUUAAGUCUCACGAGGAUGCUGCAUGCAGGAGCUACCUUUCUCAUCGUGGGUUUCUCCAAAGUUGAUGGAGAAGAAAGAGACGAGAACUUAUCUCUUGAGAGGGGCUUCAUUCCCAACUCCUCUCUGAUUUUGCUAACAGGGAAAGAAAAAAAUAUUUCAGAAACAUCCCAGUCUGAUCAAGUUAAACUGUCAUUGGAGAAAAGUUCAAAGCCUACUUGGUCUCCUCCAUAUUGUAGUUAAGGGGGUCGUUCUCUGUGUCUGCAUCUGGAAGGCCGUUGCUAGAAAGCGGGUUCUGGAAGCUGCCGGUGGGUGUGCUGACCUCAUCACCUUGCACAAGAGCCAGGGCUAGCUCAUCUUCGGUUACAACUGAACACACAAAGCACCAGGCGUGAGCAGCAAACCCACGCAGACACUGGAAUUAUUUAAUCACUUUAAAGAUGGAAAUAAAAUGUGAGAAAUCUGGGAGGGGGGGACAGUGUAAUUGUAUU